GAUUUGAUUCACUGUUUCUUUUUGAAACAGGCAGCACACCUGUGACUACACACAGCGUGCCACUUAACCAGCGCUGCCAUGCUCUGGAAAAGCUGUUACAUUAUCUGGAGCUUCUUGUGGUUGUUAACGCUUGAUCAAACUCAUGUUUCACCUGGAAUCAUUUGUAAACCAGGUGAAAAGGCCACAUACUCAAGGGACAGUUGUGAACCCUGCCCAGCUGACCAGUACAACCCUAAACAUAGUGAAAGUAAAGAGUGUCGAAACUGUGAUCCUUGUGGAUCGUAUAGUGAUGAAGUUCAACCCUGCACACCAACAAGUAAUACUAAGUGUCGUUGCCUUGAAGGCUUUACUCCCUGGGACGAAACACAAAAAAGAUGCAAGUGCGAGAUAGGUUCAGGGAUAAAGAAUUUAGGAAAUGGAAAAAUGAUCUGUGAGAAAUGUCCACCUAAAACCUUCUCUGACAAAAUUAACUCUGCAUGUCAACUACUGCCACAGUGCAUUCAGAGCAGUGAGAAAAUUCCAGGAAAUGCCACCUCUGACGUCAAUUGUGGAAAUGAAGCGAAAGCAGUAGUACCUCCUUCCUCCCCCUCUCCUUUUUCUCAGACAUCCUCCAGCACAACAACCAUCACUCCAACCACCAGCACAUACCCCAUCUCUACCCCCACAACCUCCAUUCCAGGGCCCCAAGACAGCAAGAAGCAUGCCCUCUGGCUGGCCUCUCUCGCAGCUUUUCUGCUUCUCAUCCUCAUACUAAAGCUCAGCAGAUGUCCUAAGAAAAGGACAGACAUAGUACGACAAGGUAGUGCAUGUGGAAAGCCAGUUGAGGAAUCUGGCGAGAAAUUCUUUCCUCCUGUCUAAUCCUCCUCUUCACACGCCUGUCUUUAAAAUUGCUAUGACUGAAAAUCAGCCGUAGGUAUUAUAUACCAGUGACACCCACAGUGUUUUAGCUGCACUUUACAUUGCUUUAGUCCUGGAACAUUCAGUCUGUUCCGUGACUAAAAUAAACUGAAACUGAAAUUGUCCUAGAGGUGUUUUUUUCCCCCACUUCAUUUAAAUGUCUGGCUUGAUCUUUGUGUUGGGGCUGAGACAUUAUGAUUACAUGUUAUCCUUUUAUAGGAACUAUUUAAGUGUUAUAUUUUUGAGUUAUGAUGAAACAGUGCUCAUGGAAUGAUUUUGAAUCAUAUAUUAGCAUUGGAUCAUUAUUUUGUAUACAAUCUGUUUGGUUUUCUUUCAUUAAAAAAGGCAUUUUUUUGUCUUUUAUUUUACAUAUAAAUGUCACUAGAAAUGCAUAGGACAUUAAGCCUCAUUGGAAGAUGUUGACUGUUAGAGCCACCAUCGAAACUAGUGUGUAGCUGCUGAAAAAAAUAUUACUGUGAAGCCAUGACCUUUUACUGGCGUUUCCAAAAUGCCCUUCUGUUUUACCACCGAAAUGGGUCUAUGCCUUGUGAUGACUUAUAAUCUCCUGAGGUAUCAAACCAGGAUAAUGUGUGGGCUUAGGACAAAUUGAGAAUGCUUAUUCCGUUUAUAGUUUUUUUUUUUUUUUUUUGUCUUAUUAUGUGGAUACAGAUAUUAGUAAAAGUGGACUGCACAAUAGACACAUAUAAAUGUUUAAGAAUACAAAUAGGUUCAAAAUACUUAUUUUGUUUUUUGGAAAAUUAGGCACAGUUCAAGUAGUCUUUGGUAUUAUGUUGUAUUUUAUUUCUUGUCAUUGCUCUGACAUCAUUUACACAUUAUUUUACUGUUUAUCUACAAAAGAGAAUUCUAUGUUUAUUUAAUAUUUCUUAUUAAAACUCAUUAAAACAUGGCCUGUAUUACA